AAUAAGUGUGCAAAGACACUUAGCUAACGACAAAUCCCAGAGGACAGUGGUACUUUUAAUGCUUCAAGAGGCGUGGCACAAGAGAGGUGGAGGAUGUUCAGGAUGCAGGUGCUUGAGGUGCUCAGUUGUGCUUGGAACCUGCCGAUGAGUGAGCUGUGGUGUUGUAGUUGAUCAGGCCCCGCUGCCUAUAAGUAUGUCAGAGGAUACAUCCAACAUGGGUGACCUGUUGGGACUGAACAACCUGGUGGCCAACACUGCCUACCUAAGGGCUCAGCAGGUAGAUCGCGAUACGCUGAGAAAACAGUGGCUCGCCCUGACGCUGCCCAAACCAAAGAUGUCCUCUGCUUUCCAGGCAGCAGUGGGGAGGACGUACGAGUCACUGUGUGAGCAACAGCCUAUUGGGAGGAAGUUGUUCCAGCAGUUUCUUCUGGCCUCUAAUCCGCAGUACAUGGUCACCACUGAGUUCCUGGAGGAGCUACAUGACUGGAGCUUUGCUGAAGAUGAAGCCAGAGAGAAAGCCAAACAGAGCAUCCUCGCUAAGUUCUGUCAACCUGAGUCCAGGAGUUUUCUCUCCUACCUGACAGGAGAAGCAGCUGAAAGAUGCAAGGGUGUAACAGACAAAAACUUUGAGGAGGUGAUGUUGGGACAGAUAAGAGAAGCCACGAGAGACUUCCUGAGGGGAAGACCUUUCUCAGAGUAUCUGAAAAGCCCCUUUUACUAUAGGUUCUUGCAGUGGAAAGAGUACGAGAAGCAGAGGAUCACUGACAGAUAUUUUUACGAGUUAAGGACUUUGGGAAAAGGUGGCUUUGGUGAGGUGUGUGCGGUGCAGGUGAAACACACAGGCCACAUGUACGCCUGCAAGAAGCUGGAUAAGAGGCGCUUGAAGAUGAAAGGUGAGGAGAGAAUGGCCCUUAUGGAGAAGCAGAUCCUGGAGCAGGUCAACAGUCUCUUCGUUGUAAACCUGGCUUACGCUUAUGACAACAAGACCCACCUGUGCCUGGUCAUGGACCUCAUGAAUGGAGGAGACCUUAGAUUCCACAUCUACGAGCUCGGAGAGCGGGGUAUCCGUAUGGAGCGUGUUGUUUACUACAUGGCCCAGAUAAUCACUGGGCUACUCCACCUGCACUCUAUGGACAUUGUGUACCUGGAUAUGAAGCCUGAGAACGUGCUUCUGGAUGCUAAAGGACAGUGUCGGCUGUCAGACUUUGGAUUGGCUGUGGAGCUGCCAAGGCGCAAAACGAUCUGCCGGAAGGCUGGUACAACUGGUUACAUGGCCCCUGAGAUUCUGAGACAGGAGUACUACCGCACGUCUGUGGACUGGUGGGCUCUGGGCUGCAGCUUCUAUGAGAUGGUUGCCGCCCGUUUGCCUUUUAAAGACUUCAAAGAAAAGGUGCAGAAUGAGGAGGUGACUCGUCGCACUCUGGAGGACGAGUGCAAGUUUGAACGCAAACACUUUGAUGCUCCGACCAAAGAUAUCAUCAGUCGCUUCCUCAAGAAGAAGGUGAUACGUCGCCUCGGGUGCCAAGACGAUGACCCACGAAACCACGUGUUUUUCAAAAGCAUCAAUUUCCGCCGGCUGGAGGCCGGUCUGGUGGAGCCCCCCUGGGUGCCAAAAUCCAACGUGGUCUACGCCAAGGACACGGACAAGUUCAGGGACACCUCCGAGGUGGAGAAUAUUACGUUUGAGGGCAAGGAUGAGAAAUUUUUUAAGCAGUUUAGCACGGGCGCUGUCUCCAUUCAAUGGCAGAAGGAGAUGAUCGACAGCGGUAUGUUUGACGAACUGAACAACGCCGAACUGAACGGUUACAGCUGUAAGUCUGUGUGGGAAUCCAGAAUGUGCAUUAUUUUGUAAGCAUUUUAUCUACUCAUCAAUAUGUACAACUGGGCAAAACAAUUACACAAAUGUCCUUUAAUUGAAUUUCUUUGACACUUCCAAAGUGCCUGGGAUAAUUGAAUUUCUUUGACACUUCCAAAGUGCCUGGGAUAAUAAUACAACGGAGCAUUGGGGCCACAUCAAGGGGGAAAAAAAUCAAGGAGGAAGAUAUUUUUAUUUAUUUUGCAUUUUGAGAAUAAAGUCGAAAUGGCGAGAAUUAAGUCAAAAUGGCGAGAAUAAAGUCAACUUGACGAGAAUAAAGUCGAAAUACCAUUUCGAAAAUAAAGUCGAAAUGUUGAGAAUAAAGUCAACCUGACGAGAAUAAAGUUAAACUACCAUUUUGAGAAUAAUGUCGAAAUGUAGAGAUUAAAGUUGAAAUGACGAGAAUAAUUUCAACUCCUUUAUCACCUAAUCAUAUUAGCGUGACUGUCCGCUAUGCCAGCUGCCAUGUAGGCAAGGCUAUGGGUUAAAUCCUUGGAGUCGGCGCUCGCCUGAGCCCCACUACUUCAGGAUCAAACUAUUUGAUCAAUUGUCUUAUUGUGUCUUGUGAUACAACAUAUCCUCUCUGUAUUGCGGGUAGGUGUAACCAUCGAUGCCUUUGCAUCUGUCCAUUACAAGCUAUUUCAGUUUGCAGGAAUACGGCCACCUUUUCCAAGUUUGUGUGGUUUCUCCUUCUGAACAGAUGCAUUUUUUCGGCACAAUCUCUUCAGAUUCCUACUACUUAUCACCAUACUAUGUUUAUGCUCUAAAAGAGAAAUAAUUUCUUUAUUAAAACCGAUUUUGAAGUAUAAUUUCACGAGUUCAUAUAGGCCUUCACAAUGCAUUUAGUAGAAGACUAUAGGUAAAGCUAGUAGUUUGGUUUAGGCUAUUCUUAAAAGUCCGACUUGAUUCUUGAAAUAUCAAGUUUUUUCUCGAAAAAGUAUUUCAACUUUAUUCUCAUCAUGUUGACUUUAUUCUCGACAUUUCGACUUUAUUCUCGAAAUGCAAAAUAAAUAAAAAUUCAUCGUUAUUUUUUUUCCCCUUAAUGUGACCCUAACGCUCCGUCGCAUAAUACUUAAUGAAGCAACCCAGGUACCUUUUUUAAACAGCUACUUGCCUUGUUUCCUUAAAUCUGAAUAUAUAUGUAUAUAUAUAUAUAUAUAUAAAUUUUUUUUUUA